AGUUUCUGUGAGUUGACAACAGAAGACGUACGUGGCAAUGUUUUUGGCUAGUUGACCGUGUUGCGCCAAUCAAAUUAUUCGUGUGUUUUUGAAAGGCGUGGUUUUGACUCAUUCUUAUUUUUGUAAUUUCAUCUCCGGUACAAAAUUAUCAAAAGUCGAAUUCAGUUUAACUUAUGUAAUUAGAUUUUGGAAGAAUUUGUUACAGUAGCGGGCGUUUUGAGUGUGCAAGAAUCAAUAAAAAUUAUUGAGAUGGAUAUUCAGACGGGAAUAAUCUGCCUAGGCGUUGCGGGUAUAUCUGCAGUCGCCAUAUUCGUGAUAUUUGUCAUGUUCGGAAUGAAGGAAAAAACUUACGACGAGGCGAUUGCCGAGCAGAGGAAAAUGCCUGAGGAAAACCUGCUGCUGACCCGCGCCAAGGAAAAGUCGAAGGAGAAGAAGCAGAAGAAGGCUGGUAAGAAGGUCAAGGAGAAGCCAGCUGAGGCGGAGAAGAGCAGCCGCUCGGAGGUGGGGAACGCCCCGGCCAGUCAGGCGACGGAGAAGCCCUCUCGCGUCGAGUUUGGAGAGCCGGAGGCAGAAGUCAUAAACGAGCGGCCUUUGCAGGAGGAUCAUAAGAAGAUGAAGAAGAAAAAAGAUAAAGUGAAACCAAUUUUACUGAACAAAGAUGAACACACGCCUAUACUCGCGACUCCUCCACCAAUUCCAGCCAAUCAUUUUGAAGAGAUCCUUCCAAAAGACGACUUGUUGCUUAAAAGGAAAGAAAGUAAAGAAGAUCUGAACGUGAAAACAAGCGAGGAAAUUCCAGAAGUGAAGGAAACUGUUGCUUCUGUCGGCGAUGGUAAAAAGAGCGGCGGCAGCAAGGGAACUGGCGGCAAGGCCGAUAAACAGACGUCUGGCAAGUCUGAGAAGCAAGGAGCUCAGAAAUUGCCGGAAAAGAAUCCGUCUAGCGCCAAAGUGGACAAGGUCGCCGCAGCCGCCAGUCAUGCCACCACGAAGUCUGAGAAGCAGGAACCUCUUAGCACGGAGAAGAGUGCCGCUACUGCUGAGAAAAUCUCUCCGCCCCAGAAACCGGAAAAAUCUGUGCCGGCCCCGAAAGUUGAGAAGGUUGUGGAGCACGGUACCCCACCGGCCAUCAGCAAGGAGCGCAGCAAGAAGAAGAAAAAUACCGACUUGGCAACUUUGCAACAAAUGAGUGGAGAUCGGGAGGGAGUGAAUGUGAGUCUCCUUGUUCCGUUGGUUCGCAAAGCUGAACUAUCUCGCUCGGAGAUUCAGAUACUGAUUGAUCUUCUUUUGAACAAGCAGCAGGAAGGACCAGCUGUUUUGGACUCGGAAUGGAUUGAGGGCCGGCAGGACCCGGUGGCGAAGCUGAAGAAGCAGCUGGCGGACAAGGAGAAGGCGCUGGCGGAGGAGCAGGAGGCGUCCCAGGCCGUGCAGAGCAAGCUGAGGGAGCUGCGCGCCGAGCUCAACUCUGAGCGCUCGCGCCUGCUGCAGGCGUGCCGCCAGCUGGAGGAGUCGCUGGCCGGCAGGCAGGCCGAGGUGCAGGCGCUGGCGGCGCGGCUGCAGCACGCCGCUGAGUCGCACGGCGCGGACAAGCAGGCCCUGGCCCAGGUGCAGGCGAAGCACGCGGAGGAGCAGGCGAUGCUGCGGAAGCUGCAGCAGGAGCUGGACCAGAGCCAGGCGGCCUUCCAGCAGGAGCUGGUGGGGCAGCGGCAGCAGCUGGAGCUGCACAUCGCCGGGCUGGGCGAGCAGAUGGCUCAGAUGGAGGGAGCCUACAAGGCCCAGGUGGAACAGCUGCACCUGCAGCUGCAGGAGCUCGGCAGCCAGAACAGCUCGCUGAGCGCGGAGCUCGGCCAGCGGCAGAGGGAGCUGGACGACCUGGGAGACAAGCUGGUGCACAUGCAGAAGGCGGCCACGCAGCACCUCGCAGUGCAGCUAGAGGAGUCGCGCAAGGCGCUGGCGGACGCGGAGGACCGCCUGGCCUACUCCCGGCGGGGCGAGCUGGACCAGCAGCAGAUGUGCGAGGACCUGAGGGAGCAGCUAGAGGCCACCGCGGCUCGCAACGCCGAGCUGGAGGGGGAGGCGGGGCGCCUGUCCGCCCAGGUCGCGGCGUUCCACAGGGUGCAGGACGAGAACAAGCAGCUGGCGGAGCAGGUGGCGUCCCUGUCGCAGCUGCAGCUGGAGGUGCAGCAGCUGCGGGAGGAGAACGAGAGCCUGGCCACGCAGAUGACUGCCGUCACCGAGCGGCCGGCGGCCGAGGGCCGGGAGAACGGGGACCUGCACUACGCGGAGGAGAAGGGCGAGGACGAAUCUGCGAAGCAGACGGAGGCGCUGCUGGAGGAAGCGACUGCGGAGCUGAAGCAGAAGAGCGCUGCCUUGGAGCGCCUGUCCGAGGAGGUGUUCUCCUGCAAGACUGAGAUGAGCAGGCUGAGCGAGGAGCUGGACGGCCAGAGGGAGAAGAACAAUGCAUUACGGACUAAGAACUGGAAGGUAAUGGAAGCUCUGUCUGCUGCUGAAAAGACUGCUGAAAGCAAAGCGAAACAGUGCGAAAAGCUAGUCAGUGAAAGUAUAGAGAAAACCAAGAUUAAUUGUGAGAGCUCUACAAAAGAGCUGCUGUUGAGGAUAUUUCCUGAAAUCAGUGUGAAAGUUCAGGACUACCAUGAAUGGCUGGCUCAGUUUGAGCAGCGUGCAAACAGCCUGUUGUCCGAGCUGAGGUCUCGGCCUCAGCACAACAGCUCUGCCAUGCUCUUAGACGCUGAGCGGAACAACACUGAGCUGCAGGAUGCUGUGGCAAACUACAAAACAAUCAUCAAGACUAUGGAAGGGGAACUGGAGAAAACGAAGGAUCGUCUGCAACAGGAAGUGGACAGCUGCAGGAAACGUCUCCAAGACAAAGAGCUGGAGGUUGUGCAGUUGCGUCAGGAGAACGAGCGGCUUCAACAACUCUCCGUUGACGACCAACAAGCUGACACUGAUGGAGUUGGUGUGCAGUUUGCACUUUCAUGUAUUGGCAAAUCUCUCCCCCUCAUCACGACCGAGAUGCAGGCGAAACUGUUGGAAAUCCAGAAAAAGUUGGACACUGUAUCUUCAGAGAAACUAGAAGUUACUCAGAAGUAUGAAGCUUUGCAGAAGUCGUCAUACGAACUGCAAACAGAGCUGAUGAGGUGUCGCGACACCAUAUCUUCUCUGCAGCAGAUAAAAGAGGAGUUGGAAACGCAGUUGUCGGGACUGCAGAAGCAGCAGGCGAAGGCGUGCAGCGGUGAGAGUCGGCUCAUGGGCGACGACGAAGACGACGUCAGUCAGCAGCAGAUGGACAAAUUCAAUGGCGUGGAUGACGCCCACCAUUCUGUUGCUGCUAAUGGAGCAAGCUCAGAGCCUUCUACUCCAGAGAUGACUAGGCAUUCUGCUGAAAAGCGGCACAGGUUAUCAGGGUGGUUCAGGAAAAAAAUGAAGCCCACGAGCACACGAGGCAACCCGCAAGAAAAACUUACGUGACCAAACAACAGAGACACACACUUAACUGUGACCAGGGUGUGUUGUGAUAACAGUGGUUGUGUGUGCACAGGUGGUAUUUACGACAUUUCUGUAAGUGUGUGGUGCUGCUCCAGAAAUUCCAGUGUACAUAAGUGAACGUUGACCACAUUUGCAGACUCCUCUAAAAUAUUAUACAAUCAUGGUAUAUUAAGGUGUUCAUACUGCAUGAGUGAGGGUUAGAUUAAAAGUUAAAUCCCAUCUUUGUGGUACUUACCUUAAUUUUUCAUUACUUAGUCCUCAUACUUAACAUUUUUUUACACAAACUUUGUCUUAUGUAUCAACAUUAGUGAUUUGAUACCAUGAAAUGUGGGCAACAUUUUCAAUAGAAAGGAAAGUGUGUUUUUAUAAAUCAUUAAAUUACGGUGUUUUGCAAUAAUUUAACAUUAAGUUGUACACGUUUUUAAAAUUUGUACAAAAUAUUUUAUCCUACAACUUUUGGUAUGAAUUGGAGUUCAUAGUAGUUGUAAUUACUGUGUGAAAAUGUGUAUUAUAUUAUAACAAAUGUAUAAUGAAAAAAAUGUCAAAUGUAUCGUCAGAAAUUAUUUUUUUGUAUUUCGUGCAAAAUGGUUAAAUCUUCUAUAUUAGGGUUUCUGAUGAGUAAAAUGUGUAUUUAAUACAACAA